UCUGACACACAAAGCAGCGAGUCAUGCUCAGGUGUAUAAAAGCUGCGAGCUCACUCAGGUGUGCAGGCAGUCAACCUCCGUCAGCGCACAGCAGCAAGACAACCACACAACCGCCAAUAUGUCCGCCACCGACAACAUGAUGAGCAGGGUCAUCUUCUACGAGGACAGGAACUUCCAGGGUCGUUCUUACGAGUGCAGCAGCGACUUCGCCGACAUGUCCUCCUACCUGAGCAGGUGUCACUCCUGCAGGGUGGAGAGAGGCUGCUUCAUGGUCUACGACCGAACCAACUUCAUGGGCAACCAGUACUUCCUGAAGAGGGGCGAGUACGCCGACUACCAGAGCAUGAUGGGAAUGAGCGACUGCAUCAGGUCCUGCCGCAUGAUCCCCAUGUACCGCGGCUCCUACAGAAUGAGGAUCUAUGAGAGGGAGAACUUCGGGGGCCAGAUGCAUGAGCUGAUGGACGACUGCGACAACGUCAUGGACCGUUACCGCAUGUCCAACUGCAUGUCCUGCCACGUGAUGGACGGCCACUGGCUGAUGUACGAGCAGCCAAUGUACAGAGGCAGGAUGAUGUACAUGAGGCCCGGAGAGUACAGGAACUUCAGCAACAUGGGCAUGAGCGGCAUGAAGUGGAUGAGCAUGAGGCGCAUCAGGGACGACUACUACUAAACUCUAACACCAUAUCAAUAAAGCUAUCUUUGACCUAACACA